AUGCCUGCCCCAGGUGUGUGUAUGAACAUUGUCAAUGCCCGUCAUGCGAAAGAUGGCAGAGGGACCCGCAACAACCCCGAGCAGUUUCUCAACCAAGACUUUGUGCAGCUGAAACAGUACUGUCUCAUCAAACAGGUGAGGUACAUCGAUGACAUGUUCCCCCCUGACAGAAGGUCCAUCGGUCAGGGGGUACUGAGUCCUUCUGACCUGAAGCGAGUUGUCUGGCUGAGACCAGGGAAAAUUGUUUCCAAUCCUUUUUUUGAAGUUGAUGGGGUCUCCAGGUUUGACUUCGGUCAAGGCGUAGUUGGAGACUGCUGGUUUCUUGCAUCUAUCGGAGCUCUGACAUUCCAGACUGACAUCCUUCAGCAAGUUGUUCCUCUCGAUCAAAGAUUUGAUAAGGACUACUGCGGGCUGUUCCACUUCAGGUUUUGGAGAUUUGGAAGAUGGGUGGAUGUUGUCAUUGAUGACAAACUACCAACAAUUGACGGCAGACUAAUCUUCGUUAGCUCCAAAGACCCAACUGAGUUCUGGCCUGCUUUACUGGAGAAAGCCUAUGCCAAAGUGUGUGGUUCCUACUCAGACAUGAAUGCUGGAACUCCCUCUGAGGCUUUGUCGGACUUCACUGGUGGUGUUCACAUGUGUAUCAAUCUGGCAGAGCCUCCCCAAAACCUGUGGGAACUGAUGUUCAGAGCUGGCAAAUCUACGGCAUUGAUGGGUUGUGGUACACCACAGGGGGAGACAUCUGCCAACACGGUGUUACCGAAUGGAUUGGUCCAAGGCCAUGCCUACACUGUUACUGGUUUGAAACAGGUGAUGAGCCGAGGGCAAAUGGUAAACCUGGUGCGUCUGUGGAACCCCUGGGGCAGGGGGGAGUGGAAUGGAGACUGGAGUGAUCAGUCGCCUUUAUGGCAAACUGUGAGUCCUGAGGAUCAUAAGAUGUGCCUUUCAGUGGCCGAUGAUGGGGAGUUUUGGAUGACCCUGGAAAACUUCUCGAAGUUCUACUCAGACCUUGACAUCUGCUGCCUUUGUCCCGACUUCCUUGAUGGAAGCUCUUCAUGCCAUUGGAAGACGUCCUACCAUGAGGGCAGAUGGGUUGCAGGAACAACUGCUGGAGGAUGCAUUAACAACCUUGACAGUUUCUGGACUAAUCCACAGUAUCGGGUCAGGAUCGAGGGUUUGCUCAGUGAAUGUUCUUCGGGCCAAGAUGAGAAAAACAUGCUGGUGUCUCUCAUGCAAAAACCAGACAAGAGAAACAGACGCCUGGUCAAAAGUCUCCACAUUGGAUUCUCUGUAUUUGAGGUGACUGAAGAAUACAAGGCACACAGAGGGAAGUUCCCAGCCUCUUUCUUCAGCAGAAACAAGGCUGUCGCCCAAACAAAAACCUACAUGAAUGCACGUGAGGUGAUGGAGUUCUUUUUGCUCAAGCCUGGCGAAUACCUGAUUGUGCCGUCCACCUUUAAUCCAAAUGAGACAGCCUCCUUCAUCCUGACCAUCCUUUCCAAGGCAGAGACCCACAUCCAUGAGAAUUCUGGUGGCCAUAACCACGAACAUAAGAAAACAGAAGAGCUGAAAGCAGUCAAUAUUUUGCAGCCCAUACACAUCAGAAAUGGAGGGGAUGAUGAAAAGAAGAGGGUGAUGUUCCGACAGUACUCUGAUGAGUAUGAAGAAGUGGAUGCUGAGCAGCUUCAGAGGCUUCUAAAUGAAAACAUCCUGCAAGGACAUUUGAAAUCUGGAGGCUUCAGCCUUGACGCCUGUCGCAGCAUGGUUGCUCUGAUGGAUACGUCAAUCACCGGCAAACUGAACUCUGAGGAAUUUGUUCGUCUGUGGAAGAAGGUCGUCACAUACAAGGACAUAUUCUUCCGCACAGAUGUUUCCCAAACAGUAACACUGUCACUGAGUGAGCUGAGGAAUGCAAUCAUGGCUUUAGGAAAGAGGAUCAGCGAUGACAUGCUGAACUUGAUGGCUCUGCGCUAUGGUGCCUCUUCUGGACACAUGACGCUGGAGAGCUUCAUCAGUCUUGCCCUUCGCUUUGACUGCAUGAACCAAAUCUUCAACCAGCUGUCUGAUGGAGUGCACAUCAAGAAUCUUGGCGAAUCAGAGUGGAUGUACCUUGCGAUGUACACUUAACAUGAGAGAGAAGAUGAACUGCAGGAUUCAUUUAGAAUUACAGCGGCAGAUUAUGUGAAAGAAAAUAAAUAUGUGUUCUUCUGCAAAUGAAUGAAAUGUAUCAAAUGUAUCAAAUCACAAUUAGAUCAUGUAAAGAAGAAGUGAUUUAAAUCAAUAAUGUGUGCAUUGUUACCACGAGCAAAUGUACUGACAUAUAUGUGAACACCUGUGAACCUAUCCCAUGAUGCAUAGCAAAAAUACUUCACUAUUUUAAGUUUACAUUUUAUUCUCUUUGAUGUACGUCGUUCAUUUGUUGUAGAUUAGAUUACUGGAUUUUCUGUUUCACUGUUUUGACCAUUUAAUAUCACAACAACUAUUGGAGAGAUUGCCAUGAAAUUUGGUAUACUUAUAUUCAUGGCGCUAACAGGAUGAAGCCUACUGACUGUAGUGAUUCCCUGACUUGACAAGGGCCGCAAUAAGAUUGACUGUUGUGCUUUUGAGUAUAAUUUCUCAACAACUAUUUCCAGAAUUACCAUGCCAUUUGGUUCAUUCACACAUUCAUUCUACCCCCCUGAAUAAAUUGUUAAAAUUUGUCAGGCUGUUGUCAUACACUGUUGGUAUGUUUUCCUACGAAAACUAAUGCACCAAAAUUCGCACAUAGUCCACAUAAUGAUGAACCAGUAAUACGUGCAUUACCCACACAAUUUGCGUAAUUUGCUGUGAACAUGUGACAUAUGUGCCGACAAGAGGCAGGUUGGAGUGGUGGAUGGGUCACAAAACAUGGGACUUGGCUAAAUACAGCCUCAGUCGCUGCGAGCAUGGCUGUAUAGACACUCUGUCUUUUUAAGUUUUUCUGAUAGGAUGCUUUUAUAUUUUUAGUUGGGAUAAUGCAUUUUGUGUUUUAA